GAGAAAAACUGGCAGGCAGUGCUGAGCUGAAGCCAAAGGCACACAGAGCGAGGCAGCAUUCCUGUCCUGAGACUUCACAGAGUGCUCUGAGCUCCAGAGACUAGCGGUCCAACUUCCAGACAGACACGACCAGCCCAACAGGGGAAACGAGAUCCACUGUUUGCCUUUGAAAGAGCAGCUUCAGUUUACCCGUCCGUCCGAACCCCACUGAUGGAGACCCCGGCCCAGAAGCGCAGCAGCCGUGGAGGAGGAGGGGGCGCGUCCGCCGUGCUCUCCCCCAACCGCAUCACGCGCCUCCAGGAGAAGGAGGAUCUGUGCAACCUUAACGACCGGCUGGCCACCUACAUCGACAAGGUGCGCUCGCUGGAGACGGAGAACGCCGGCCUGCGCAUGCGCAUCACCGAGUCGGAGACGGAGGUCAGCCGCGAGUUGGGCGGCAUGAAGAGCGCCUACGAGACCGAGCUGGCCGACGCCCGCAAGACGCUCGACUCCGUGGCCAAGGAGCGCGCCCGCCUGCAGCUGGAGCUGAGCAAAGUGAGGGAGGACUACAGAGAGCUCAAGGCCAGGAAUGGGAAGAAGGAGUCCGACCUGGAGUCUGCUCUGGCUCGUCUCAAAGACCUGGAGGCCCUGCUCAACUCCAAGGAUGCCUCACUGACCACUGCACUGGGGGAGAAACGCAAUCUGGAUGCGGAGGUCCGCGACCUGAAGGCCCAGCUGGCCAAGUUGGAGAGUAGCCUGAUGGAUGCCAAGAAGCAGCUGCAGGAUGAGAUGCUGCGCCGUGUGGACGCAGAGAACCGCCUUCAGACCGUGAAGGAGGAGCUGGACUUCCAGAAGAACCUCUACUCUGAGGAGCUGCGUGAGUCCAAGCGUCGCUACGAGUCGCGCAUGGUGGAGAUUGACAGCGGCAGAGAGCAGGAGUUUCAGAGCAAGCUGGCCGAUGCCCUCACCGAGCUGCGCGGGCAGCACGAGGAGCAGGUCCGCAUCUACAAGGAGGAGAUCGAGAAGACCUACAACUCCAAGCUGCAGAACGCUCGUCAGUCUUCGGACAGGAACAGCCUGCUGGUGGGCGCUAGCAAUGAGGAGCUGCAGCAGACGCGCACACGGAUGGAGAGCAUGUCCAGUCAGUUCAGCCAGCUGCAGAAGCAGUUGGCGGCUAGCGAGGCCAAGGUGCGUGACCUGGAGGAGGCCAUGUCUCGCGAGCGGGACAUGAUGCGCCGGCGACUGGACGAUAAGGAGCGGGAGAUGGCGGAGAUGCGGCAGCGCAUGCAGGACCAGCUGGACGAGUACCAGGAGCUGCUGGACAUCAAGCUGGCCCUGGACAUGGAGAUCGCUGCCUACAGGAAGCUGCUGGAGGGAGAGGAGGAGAGGCUGCGUCUGUCACCCAGCCCUCCACCGUCUCGUGUGACUGUCACACGCUCCUCCGGUUCGGGGACGCACGCGCACACCCGCAUUGUGCAGAGCAGCAGCAGCCGCAACUCCUCGGGCACCGCCAAGAAGCGAAGGAUAAACGACACGGACAGCGAGGCGUCCAGCGUGAUGGGCGGCACCGUCACCCGCACGCGCAUCGCCCAGCAGGCCUCCGCCAGCGGGCGCGUCACCGUGGACGAGGUGGACCUGGAGGGCAAGUUCGUGCGCCUCAGCAACAAGGCUGACCAGGACCAGGUACUUGGCCACUGGCAGGUGAAGAGACAGAUUGGCUCUGCCACCCCCAUCGUCUACAAGUUCCCUCCCAAGUUCACCCUCAAAGCCGGGCAGUCUGUUACAAUCUGGGCAGCUAACGGAGGUGGCUCCCACAACCCCCCCACUGACCUGGUGUGGAAGACCCAGAACUCCUGGGGCAGCGGAGACCUGUUCCAGACCACCCUCAUCAAUGCCAGCGGAGAGGAAAUGGCCAUGAGGAAGGUCACACGAACUCUAUUCCAGGAUGAGGAGGAGGAUGAGAUGGCGGCAAGUAGCACUUGCGUGGACAGCGAGUACAACCUGCGCAGCCGCACGGUGGUGUGUGGCUCCUGUGGGCAGCCGUCGGACAGAACUAGCGGCAGCUGUGUGUCGGCCGGCUCCUCUCGCUCCUUUUGCAGCGGUGGUGGUGGUCUGCCUGAAGGGCUGGUCUCCCAGUCUUUCAUUGUGGGCAACAACCAGCCACGACACGGAGGCCCCCGGCCAGAGAACUGCUCCAUCAUGUAGACUCCGAGCCCCAGACCCUCAGGCCAGCCUGGGACAUCUAUCCACAGCCUUCCCCUCAUAAGGGUUAUUUUUCUAUCAUUUUUUCAUUUUUAUAUAUAUUUUAAGAAUCAGUCUUAUUUUGUACGAUGUAACCAGCAAGGUGGGGUAGUGGGUUAGAUAUGCAUGUGGAAAAGGGGUUGUUACGGGGAAAACGAAAAGUGAGUUUAUAUUUUUUUUGUAUAAGUGUUAGCUGGGUGGCAUGGUAGCUAGCAUGGUAGCUGGGCAUGCUUCUGUAAAGGCUUCAUGUGGAAGAGGUAGUUGUUUGGGCACUAAAACAGUCAUGGCUGGGGUUUCCCGUCCGAGGCGGAAUGAUAUGGCUGUUAGAGUUUUACACGCACAGCUCAGAAUACCCAUCCUUGAAUCAAUCUUCUUGUCUGUUUUCGGACCGGUCUUUACUGACCUGGCACGCGACGUGCACAACGUAAGAUUUAGUAGUUUAGACGUGAAGACGAGGUUGGGAUGUUUUGGUUAAAUUUACAAGUUGCCUUGGGAGCCAAAGAUGUGUCAGGACAUGUCUUGCAGAUGUUUCAUGUAAAACAUGUUCCAUUUGGAAUAUCACAAGGAAUUCAUGAUGAAUACCAAACUACUCUGACCAUCUUGGGAGAUGUUUAUAUGUUCAUCUUAAGGGGAACACGACAAUGCUUAACAUGCCUAUAAAUUCUUAGGCCCCAAUCUCUUCUUGAUGACGUGUUUUUCAUUGUUCCUGCACUGCCAAAGACACAUGGUACUUUGUCAAAGCCAUCUAAUAUUGUUUGCUGAAGAGAGGAAACAGAAAUAUACAGAAGAUAAAGAAGUUUUGUUUGAGUUUUGAAGAGUGUUUCAAGUUGUUUAGGUCAAUGUAUAUGUCAAGUUUUCACUUUGUGCUAUUUUCAUACAUUUGCAAAAUGAAUAUACAUUGAAGAUUUAGGUUGAGUAAAAUAUUGAGUAAUGUUUGCUAAAGUGUAUGUAUAAAGAGAACGUGUGGAACAUUUAUACGGCAACAUUGACUGGAAAUGGUAUGUUCACAGAGGUUUAAAAAAAAAAAAUCAGUUUUAGAGGGUUUGAGAAUAUUUUUCGAAUGUUUAUCAUAAGAGAAAAAACAUGUACACACCCAGACAUGAUUUAUUUGGAGUAUAAAGUUCUUUCAACAAUCUAACUACUAAGUAUAUAUAUUUUUGUUUUCUAUUGAGAGUUACCUUAAAACAUUGAGAUUUGAACAGAUAUAUAUAUAGAGAUCAUAGCACAGGCUCAUUUAGCCACAUGACUAAUGAUCAGGCAAGUUCAGUACCAAAGACUCUUCUGGGUAGCAAUCUUUUCUGCACAACUUGAAAACCUGAGUAAAGCCAAAGAAAUCCAGAGUAUUUUUUUUUAUUUCUAUUGUUUACUUUAAAAAAAACAAAAAAACACUUGAUCUUUUUUGUAUGACCAAUGCAGUCCAAUCCCCCAUGCCUGGACAUGGACUCGCAGUGUCUUGCAGGUUCUCUGUCCCGUGACUUACGGUGCUCCUUUCACUCCUUGACCCCUGCUGCUUGGUUUAAAGGAACAUAUUUGACUUUUGAUAUUCUUGUGCAUUUAGUUGUGCUUAGUGGAAACUUUGAUUUGGGUGGUGAUGGAGGGUCUCGUUGAUGGGGCAUGUAUUCUUUUUUUUUUUUCUCUCUCCGUAUGACUAAUUACAAUCUUCUGUUUCUAUGUUUGGCUGCUUGUACUGUAGGCAUAGUAGUACUAAGUUUUGCACCCCACAGAAAAAUAAUGCUUUCUGAUUUUUCUGUCUUUCUUUUUUUAUUUUGUAAAAAUUAUAGACAUUUUUAUUUUUCCAAGCGACAGUGGUAACGAAGACAAGUUGAUAGAUGAUUAUGUCCUGAUGAGCUGUACUUGAUAAUAUGCAGAUUGGCCCACACAGUCUCCUCUUCAAUGAUGGUGUGAUUGCACAAAUCAGCCUUUUUUUGCCUCCUGAAUAUAUUCUGUAUUUAAGCUCAAAAGAUUAAACUGGGGCCUCCAAUGACACCUUGUAAUUUAAACCUCACAAAUUGAAUUACAUUUUUGUAAAUGGUUUGAAUGAUAGACCAGCACAACAUCUUUAAUAAAUGUGUCAGAAUAAGUGUCAUAUAUUUGUUAGGAAAUAACAGUUUGUCAGAGGGGGAAAAAAGGGGUAGCUUCUGCUUGUCUGAAAUGAAACAUUUGUAUUGCCUUUUUUCAUAUUUCAGAAACAUUAAGCCACGCCAAACUUUAUUUUUUUGUAAACCACUCUUCUGUUAAAUAGGCAUCCUUGGGAAAAUAAAUAAUGCAUCAUUAAAA